GUUACACUCGACUAUUCAAAGGCUAUUGAUUGGUAUCUUAAAGCAGCCAACCAAGGCAAUGCUGAUGCUCAAUUCAAUCUUGGUUACAUGUAUUGUGCUGGCCACGGAGUUCCGCAAGAUUACUCAAAAGCCUUUGACUGGUUUUUCAAGGCUGCCAUCCAAGAAGAUGCUGGUGCUCAGUACAAGUUAGGCUACAUGUACUAUCAUGGCUAUGGAGCUCCUCAAGAUCACUCAAUAGCUAUCGAGUGGUAUCUCAAGGCAGCAUACCAAGGACAUGCUGAUGCUCAGUACCGGCUAGGUUACAUGUACUCUAACGGCGAGGGUACCCCACAAGACUACGCAAUAGCCUUCUACUGGUAUCUCAAGGUUGCCAACCAAGGAAAUGCCAGCGCUCAAUUCAAUCUCGGUCUGAUGUACGAGUAUGCUAAUGGGGCUUCAAAAGACCACUCAAAAGCCUUUGGCUGGUAUCUCAAGGCUGCCAAUCAAGGACAUUCUACUGCUCAGAGCAAUCUAGGCGACAUGUACUAUAAUGGCAAUGGAGUCACACAGGACUACACAAAGGCCUUUGAUUGGUAUCUCAAGGCUGCCAACAAAGGAUGUGCUAGUGCUCAACGCAAGGUUGCCUCGAUGUAUCGAGACGGCAAAGGAGUCUCUAAGGAUCUUAUUGAAGCAGUAAAGUGGUAUCAAAAAGCUGCUGACCAAGGCGAUGUUAAUGCCCAGGGAAUAUUAGACAAGCUCCAGUGCUGAGGUCUCUUUCGUAUAUUU